AUGGACCCAAAGUCUGCACAUCGAUUUCUAUUAGCGAUUCUUAUGGGCGAGCAGGCCCGUGAUACCCCAGGCCGGCGAACAGACAUUAGCGCCGGCUACCAGAUGGAAUCUGGGAAGACACCUCACAUCGACUCUGAUAUCUUUUCAACUUGUACUUUGCUUUGCUUCACCCUCGGAUCCCUGGUUCAAUGGCGCUUAGUGCUCACCAAGGUCCGAAGGCGAAGGCCGACGCGAAUAGCCACCGACACCGCUGCCAAACACUUACCAGUGGCCACCGUCCUACGUCGCGCUGGCGGCGAAAGCGCAUCUGAUAUUCGAACGCGCCUGGAAAGCGUCAGGCGUGAGCGAGAAAGGAUCGAACGGCAAGCUCGCCUUCUAGAGGAAGAGGAGCACCUCGUCCGCAUGCUACAUGACGCCGAAAGGAAGGAGCAAGAAGAGAAGGAGGAACACAAGCCAGGAAAGGACCAAAGCAGACACAGAGAGCUUCCAAGGCGACAGACCAGAUCUUUGACGGGAGCAAAAUCAGUCUCAACCACUGCGGGAGUCAAGCGGAAGGCAGAUGAAGCCAAUGGAUUCCCGACCGGGAACCAAGCUGAUGACAUGGGCUACAAGGUUUCUGCUUAUCCGUGUCAGCCAUGCAUCGACAAGGACACCGGCCCCACCCCGCGUCAUGCCCUCUCACACAAGCUGCUUUGCAUGUGGGCAGAGGAAGACGCGCUGCGGAGUGUCUACGGCUAA